GCCGUCAUAAAUAAGGAGGAGGGACACUUUCUUUCCAUACUCAAGCACGUACGUCAUGAGGCGUUUCAUUGUCUCCAGGUUAUGUACUUCUGCCUCACGUCCAGCACCUUCAUCGUUAAACCACCACCACCACCACCACCUCCAAAAUCAUCAUCAUCAUCAGAACCGUGAUUUUAGUUAUGUCUUCUGCCGCAACCCAAUCACUACAUCCGACAGAGGUGCACAAUCGCAAGGUAAUGGGAGUACACUUAGAUGGCUAUUCCACAUGCAGAAAAUCCGUUGUUUCAUGUCAAGUAGGGAAAGUCCUCGGAAUACUAUCAGCAGUUACGAUGAAUCCGAAAGCGAAAGCGAAGAGCGGGACCCCAUUAGAAUCGAAGUUAUAUCCGAAGAACACAUAAAACCCUCGUCUCCAACACCUCAAAACCUUAGAUAUUUCAAGCUUUCCAUGUUUGAUCAGAUCCAGAUAUCCAUAUACUACCCGUUUACAUUUUUCUAUCCAAAUAAUAAAAAUAAGAACAACAAGAACGUGGAGGACAUCAUAAACCAACGAUCAAAUCAUCUGAAACAAUCACUCUCAGAAACCCUAACACGAUUCUACCCGUUUGCAGGCAAGGUUGCCAGCGAACUUCACAUUGAUUGUAACGACGAGGGUGUAUAUUUCAUCGAGACUAGGGUUGAUGAUAGGCUCGAGAAUGUGCUUAAGAAACCCGACAAUAAAUUCUUGCAACGGUUGAUACCGGUGGUUAAUUCUGUCGCCAAUCAACAAUUGUUGGGAUCUUAUGUUUCAAUGGUGCAAGUUAACUUCUUUAGCUGUGGUGGGGUUGCUAUUACAGUGCAACAUAACCAUAAGCUUGUAGACGGAGCUAGCUACAUGACAUUCUUGAAAGCAUGGGCUGCGAGUGCUCGAAGAGAUCCGAAUCUUGUAAACCCUAGUUUUGUUUCCUCGUCGAUGUUCCCGCAAAAUCCUCAGUUGCCAUAUGCACCAUAUGUUCCCAUAUGGUGUUUAACGAUAUCUCCUGCUUAUUUAAAGCAUGGACAAUGCGCAACUAAAAGAUUUGUUUUCGAUGCUCUGGCUUUGAGGAAGCUCAAAGCCAAAGCAUCGACGCAAGAGCCAGUCAGUCGAGUGGUGGCUGUACUGGCUUUGCUUUGGAAAUGCAUCACGGAAGAAACAAAAUCUAAGCCAUCGGUUUUACAUCUUCCGGUGAACAUCCGUCCACGAAGUUCCCCGCCAAUGCCUGAAAAUUCGGUGGGAAAUAGUCUUUUGGGUACGUGUGCGGAGUUCGAUCCACAUACAAGUGAUCUUGAACUACCUUCAAUGGCUGCUCAACUACAAGCUGCGGUUGUAAAUGUAAACAGUGAAGCGAUUGAAGAACUAAAAGGAGAAAACGGGCAUGUUAAGUUUGUAGAAAGCGUGAGAAUGUCGAUGGAAAGAUUUUCGGAUUUCAAAAGUGAGUACUAUUUGACUACGAGUAUGUGUAAUUCAGGAACUAAAGAAGCCGAUUUUGGAUUCGGAAAGCCUGUUUGGGCAUGUACAGGGAACUUGAAUGAAGAUAUUCCUAUAUUUAUGAACAGGAUGAUAAUGGUGGAUUCGUGUUCUGAUGAUGGAAUUGAAGUUUGGGUGACUCUGGAGAAACAAGUAAUGGAUGCCCUUAGGUGCAAUUCUGAACUUCUAUCGUUUGCUUCGGUGGAUCCUAGUCCUCUGUCUAUAGCUUAAAGAUUGAUUUAUGUAUUCAUUUGUUUGGAUUGAGAAAUAAUUACCACUUCUUGUUAAGGCGCAUGCAUGAUUGAAAUAAAAUUGCAAGAGAUAUGUCAUGUUUGAUUCAUAUUAAUAUAUGUGUACUUUUAGAGCGUCUUUGAAAUAAAAUUGCAAGAGAUAUGUCAUGUUUGAUUCAUAUUAAUAUAUGUGUACUUUUAGAGCGUGUUUAUAAACGGACGAUGAAACUUU